AAAAGGUAAUAUAAAAUCUGAUUCCCAUCCCUCUAUCCAGUCUCGUAACACAGCUAAACUCACAAUAUAAUGGCUUUGAGCUUGAGAAGAGUGCUGCCCUCAUGGAGACUUAAAGCAUGCUAUUAUCCGCGCUAUCCUACAUCGGGAAAACCCUUUUUAUAUCUAUUCAAGCUGUCAAGCUUCUGUAUAGUAAAUGCGUUAGCCUCAGGGUUGUUAAACUCUACCCCGAUACCGCCUAUCUCGGAGGGCACAAGUGCUGGUUCAUUUGGUGGAGGAAAGGCUGGGUAUACACUUUGUGCCAGAGUCAAUACUCGCGCUAGUCACACACACAAUGUCGAAGAAAAGGGCAGAAGCAUAAAGAACCCAGAGUGAGGAAAUCAUUCACCAAAGAUAUGAAGCCCGCUGGGAAUCAAAUAUGAUAUCAGUGUAGACCCUAGUGUACAGCUAAUCCAUCUGGCCCAGUACGUAGCCGUAUAUUAGCUAUAGAAUAUCUCGAUUCUCUUAGGGUCUGGAUAAAGACGAACGCACUU